GGCGACCGUCGCUAGCUGACGCUUGCGUUGUCUAGACUUUGGGUCUUGCUGCUACACUGCUGGCGAAUCCAUACUACUACUUCGCUUCCUCCACACUGCUCUCGUCCCUGUUCUCCGUGGACAAACGAUAUUUGACAACGGCUUUUUCGACAGCCGUAUUACACGAUAAAAUCUAAAAUAUGUCCGCCGACCUCCUCUACGCCACUGGCCCCGGCCCCGACAUCCUCUCUGCCGCUGAUCCUACCACCGAUUCCUCCCCCAUCUUCUUCAACAACCCUUUCGCACCACAAUGGCUCGAAAUACCUGCUUCUGUUGAAGGUGCUGACCAGAGCUUCGAGUCCUUAUGGCCAUCUGCCUCGUGGCCUGCCAAACCCACCCGUCAGCAACCGCCCUUCGACGAGCCGACAUCCAUCCAACCACCGGCCCCGAAGCGAUCAGGCCGACGCAGCGGCUCUUCCAGACUCAAGAGCAACGCCAACAAAGAAGAACGGGAAAAGCGGGAGAAAUUCCUCGAACGAAACCGCAUGGCCGCCAGCAAAUGCCGACAGAAGAAGCGACAAAACACCGAGCGCCUGCAGAGCCAAUUCCAAGUGGCCGCGGAGAAGAAGGCACGGCUCGAGGCCGAAGUGGCCCAGCUCCACGGGGAGGUCUUAUGCCUGAAGGAUGAACUCCUGCGACACUCGCAGUGCGAUGACCAGGCCAUCAAGAAUUACCUUCAGCAGAUGGUCAGCCAUGUGACGCACCAGGAGGAGCCGAUCCUGCGGACGCCAGAGUUGAGCCCGCCCUCGGACCCGCUGUCCUCGUCGCCCAAUACUUCGAUCGCUACGCAGAAGUCGGCGGGAUUUGAUUUUGACCUCGACGGGUCGCUGGACAUGUCGGACGAGGCGAAGCAAGAGCUUGAGACCGCUCGUCGAGACUCCGAACAGAGUUUGCUGAGCACGACCUGCACGUUGUUCUCGGAUGCCAGCAUCGAAGAUAUGGUCGAUUUUGCUUGAUUCGUGCCGGACUAUCUUCUUUCCUUCUCUAUUAAUAAUUCUACACUUGUAAAUAUUUGGGAACGGCGUUCCUUGACACGCAGCUAUGCCCUCGUUACGAAAAGCUACGGAAGCGAUCUACUUAUAUCGGUCGGGUUGGCGUUUGGGAGGAAAUUGCUGGGUUUGCUAUUACUUACGACGAGCGUGCUGCACAUACUCUUUCUUUCUCUUGAUCGCUACCUUUAGUUGCUAAAUAACUAUAAUCAAUCCGGGGUUCUAUCCUGGCUCUUUUGAACCCGCCUCACUCCGAAUGCCAAACUCUACACCUCCCCACCGCAGUCAGAAU